AUGACUAAUAAAAAUACAAAUGGGGAAUUGACGGUUUUCGCCCCUCUCCAAUUUUUAAUUAACCCUAAAAAUCCUCAUAAAGAUACAUUUGUAAAUUCAUUGGUAAUACUUAGUGAAAAUAUAUUGAACAAUGAUUUACCCAGUCAAAUUCACCAAAUCCUUUUUGGCGCAAGAUUAAUUGCUUUUACUAAGCCUGAUGGUGGAGUUCGGCCAAUCGCAAUAGGGUCUUUUUUUAGGAGACUAUUAGCUAAGAUAAUCGUUGAGCGCAUCAAACCUGAUGCUUCAAAAAUGUUCCAAACAUAUCAACUAGGCUUUGGUACUAAAGGGGGAUGCGAAAUAGCCGCUCACUCUCUUCGCAUAUAUAUCGAAGAUCCUCCUCCAGACGCCGUAGUCUUUUAUGCAAGAUUUAUUGAACAGUCUUAUGGCUGUAGAACCCCUCUCAAAUUCGGGGAAUAUACAAUUCCUUCUGACGAGGGUAUUCAACAAGGAGACCCUUUGGGCCCUCUGAUCUUUAGUUUAGAUGAUGGUACCAUUUGCGGACCUUCUAAAAAUAUUCUUGCAGCGAUAGAUUAUAUAGAGAAAAAUUCUCUAAACAUAGGCCUUACUCUAAAUAAAGCUAAAUCGGAAAUAUGCUUUUUAAAUUCAAAUACUCUCAAAGUCCAAGGAAGUUUAUUAGAAAAUAUUUUAAAUAUUAAAUUGGAAGAUUUUAAUUGGGGUUUCUCACAAUUACCCUCGAAAAUGGGUGGUUUAGAUUUAUAUCCUUUAAACCUUCUAUCUCUUUCCUCAUUUUUGGCAUCGCGUUUGAUGAAUAACGCCAUGAUAUCUUCUUUUAUCUCUCCUAAAGAUAACCUUUUAAACUCAGCCUUGACAGCCUGGACAUCUUUAGCUCCACCUGAAGCUGUCUUACCCACGAUCUUAACACACCAAUCUCUUUUCGAACCUUUAAUUAAAAAAUUUUUUAAAAUAAUCUCAUCAAACCCCCCUUUGGAGUAUAUUCAACUAUUACAGAAUGCUGACUGUACUAGUGGCUAUGAGUGGUUGGAAGCAUUACCAAGUCGUAACCUAGGUAACCUCUUAUCAGAUGAACAAUUAAGAGUUGCCAUAGGCCAUCGACUUGGAUGUAACAUUGUUCAACCACAUACAUGCAUCAAAUGUAAAACAUUAGUUGACUCCAAAGGGAGACAUGGUCUAAAUUGUAUAUAUAGUCAAGGCAGGCAUGCAAGGCAUGCAGCAAUUAAUUUAGCUAUUAGCCGUUCUCUUACCAGGGCCCGAAUACCAAACAUCCUGGAGCCUACAAAUUUAUCGUUAGAUGAUGGCUUAAGACCAGAUGAUCAUUCUUCAACCGAAAAUUUUUAA